AUGAGUGGACAAGGCUUGCCAGCUGUUAGUCCAGCUGAUCCGCUGUUGGCCGCGGCCAAAGUGGGUGCCCUGAGUGGCGCUGCCGGUUUGAUAUAUGGAGGGGCAGCUGGUGUCAUCAGAUCGCGAAACCCCAUGGUGCAUUCGCUUUCAUGCGGUAUCCACUGGUUUGCAUGCGGUUCAUCCUUCUGGUGGAUGCGAAGCAACAUCAUCAGGCUUCAUUAUCAAGAUAGCGCGUCCCCGCAGGAGCGAGCAUAUGUCAGCGCUCUUUGCGGUGGCAUCUCUGGCGGAGUCGUGACAAGGCUCAUGGGAGGUCGACUGGUGCCCGGCCUCGUUAUUUUUUCCCUGCUCGGCUAUGGCGGUCAAAGUGCCUUUAAUUACGUUGAUAAGUGGCAAAUGGAGAAGGCCCAGAACCCAUCCAAGCCAUUUGUACAGCGAAUGGCUGAAUCCAAAUGGAUUCCCUUCCGACACUUGUCAGAUGAGGAAUAUCGGGGUAUGCUGAGUGAGAAAUUGUUGAGCGUUGAGGCCGAAAUUGCGCUCCUUGACGAGAAGAUCGAAGAACUAGAGAAGACCCGACCAGUUGCUUCCUCUACCAGCACCACGACCGGAAAUAAUGAUGAUUAA